AGAUACGAGAGGCAAAGAUUUUAAGGGGAGUAGGGUAAGUGAGAACCAGACACGUGCGACACAAAUAUGGCGGCUGCCUGUAAAUCAAAAUUGUUGUGUGGUUGUUUCUUCUAUAGUUCCGGUUGAAGGAACUGUUUGGUUACAAUCAUAGAAAAUUGUGAGAAAACUCCCCACGGGUAGCAUUCAAGUCAAUCGAAUGAUAUUUUUAGGAUGUAUUCACGUCCUUUGAGCUUGCAAAUGACGCGCUGUUUGCGCGCAGUAACUGGUUACUCUGGGACACGAAGGACUCAGGUAAACCUGCAACGAGUUUUCUUAAGGAAACAACCACUUCGCCCGUCUACUACGUUAUCUGAAGCAGAAAGAAAGGAAGAUUCCAAAGAAAGCGACGAAGAACCAAAAUCCUGGAGAGAAAAUCCAACCCUGAAAUACUGGGUUCUUGGCUCACUGGGAAUCUCUGGCUCUGUUUAUUACUACGUUUACAGGAAUCACGAAAAGAAACGAUUGCAAGUAAAGCAUUUGCCAUCAACACCCAGUCAUUUCGUACUUUCCCGUGAACGAGAUCUCUCCGCGCUUUUUUCCCUUCAUAGUCAGUUGAAGGGAAGGGAAUCUUUAACUGUUCUCCAUAUUGUUGGCUGUCCCGGGUCUGGAAAAACAGAACUUGCUCGGGAAUUUGCCGAGAAACUCUCCAGAGAGGAACAAGAAAGGUACACCUUUCUUCCAGGCAAUCUCUUCUUUGGGACUUUAAAUGGUGCAUCGGUAGAAAGCCUCCUUUUUGACGUGAAAAGGUUUGCAAUUUCUGUUGGUUGUUUUGAGAGUGAUUGGACAUCGAAAGCAGGUGAAGGGGUUAAUUUCUCCAGUCUGUCCAAGGAAGCGCAGCUAGACUGCCUUGUUGAUGCUGUUAGGGAAAAACUUAAAAACAGCCAAGGCUGGAUUCUAAUUUUGGAAAAUGUUAAAGAUAACGAAGCUAUGUACCGCUGGUUUUCUGCAAAUUCAUCAAAAAAUUGGGGUAAUGGAACAGUUCUCCUCACAAGAGAUGGCCAUGUUGACAGUGAUGCAAUGAUCAACAAUACUUACAGUAUUGAUGAAGGAUUGCCUAUGGAUGAUGGGAUAGAACUUCUUUCAAAGUUGAGUGGAUUGGAAGGAAACAAGAUGACUGCUGCAAAAGACAUUGUAACAAUUCUAAAGGGGAUUCCUCUGGCUCUCACAUGUGCUGGUCAUCACAUGCAAUCAAAAGUGCUGAAAAAUCCCAACUAUUCCAGUUUAGACUUUUUAAGUGAGUUUAAAUCAGAGCUUCAGAACUUCACAAAGGCUAAUGGGGAGAUGGCAUUAAGCCCCACAUAUGUCAUGGUUAGCAUGGAAACAAAAAGCCUUGUGCAGGAAAACUUCCAUCUUCUUCAUGCUUUUGAUUUUCUGGCAACCUGUACACCUAAUUGGCCAAUACCAGUGAGCCUCAUUGCUCUACAUCUGAGGUCACCAGAUUUUAAUCUACCCCCUGUGGAAGGCAGUGGACCUGCUCUGCCAAGCCAAAAACCCACUGAGGCUGAACAAGGGAAUAGCUCAGAACAAGAGGUAGAAGAGAUGUUCCUAUCAAUCAAGAAACUGGCCAAGAACUUGGAGAACUUUAUAACAGCAGUAAAAGAUAACAUUGAUGCUAUCAGAGCCAUGCUUAACCCUGUACUGCCUGAUAUGCCACAAAUGUUGGACGGAAAUGUGGAGAUGUUAAAAGCUUGUCCAUUAGUUUCUGUUAGAAGAAUGGAGCCCAUGG